UCUGACAGAGCGGCUUCUCAUCGUCCUCCUCUCCAGCCAGUAUGCGGCUCUGAACUCACCGUGAACGUUUCAACCCGGGGCGGGUGACGCUACGACAGUGUAUCGUUCAUGGACAUGAGGACACCUGCUUCAGCGACUGCUUCGAGAAAGGCGGACCGGAGAAAUCCUGACUGGCGUCGAUUUUCACCGAGCAAAUGAGAAAGGAGGUGAUGCAGCAGAGCGGCUCCUCACACAAGAGACGACCGCCUCUGUCAGUUCAUAAGCAGCUAGCUCGCGUUAGCAACGUAGCCACAUAGCUAGCGUCUGCCCGGCUGCAAAGCGCAGUCUUUUACCACCCACGGGAGCCUAAACGCAAUCGUCAUGACUAUUUUUCUGCUGACCAGUCACUCCUCCACUGAGGUACCUUGGCUUUUUUUGGUUUCUGGACUAACCGACGCGGGGAUGAGAUAAUAAAGUCGACCAGCCGGCGCAUGCUGCUACAACAACACCUGUGGCACUUGUAAACCCCUCCCACACCCCCCCCACCCUACUCCACCUUCCCCCCCGUAACGCCUCCCCUUGGGCGAAGUUCAGCUCAACAGCCAAAACAUGACGACGCCGGCUCUCCUGCCGCUGUCGGGCCGCAGGAUACCUACCCUGUCGCCGGGCGCCUCGUCCUUCCCGCACCACAGGGCCACGCUGAGGCUCUCCGAGAAGUUCAUCCUCCUCCUCAUUCUCAGUGCCUUCAUCACCUUAUGCUUCGGGGCCUUCUUCUUCCUGCCGGACAAUUCCAAGCACAAGCGCUUUGACCUGGGCUUGGAGGAUGUGCUCAUCCCACACAUUGACUCUCCCAAAGAGGGCAAGCACGCCUCUGGACAAGUAGUCAUACAUGGACAGGGAGCACACGACGAGCACAGACACAGGGAGGAGGAGGAGAGCCUGCGGGACAAGAUCCGGGCAGACCAUGAGCGAGCUCUGCAGGAGGCCAAGGAGAAGCUGCGAAAGUCACGCGAGGAUCUGAAGGCGGAGAUUCAGACAGAAAAGAACAAAGUGAUUGAGGACCUGAAAAAGAAGGAUGCGGGUCCCAAACCUUUGCCGCCAGUCCCCAUGCCCAAGGUGGUGGGCGUCAACGACGGCGAGCCGCUAGAGCCUGACGUCAAAGAGAAACGCGACAAGAUUCGAGAGAUGAUGAAGCACGCGUGGGACAGCUACAGACAGUACGGCUGGGGUCACAAUGAGCUGAAGCCCCUCGCCAAGAAAGGACAUUCCACAAAUAUCUUUGGUAAUUCCCAACUGGGCGCGACCAUUGUGGAUGCCUUAGACACCCUGUACAUCAUGGGUCUGCAUGACGAGUUCAAGGACGGCCAGGAGUGGAUCGAACAGAAUCUGGACUUCGGUGUGAAUGCCGAGGUGUCUGUGUUUGAGGUCAACAUUCGUUUCAUAGGAGGACUGCUGGCCGCCUACUACCUCUCUGGACAGGAGGUGUUUAAGAUGAAGGCGGUCCAGCUGGCUGAGAAGCUACUUCCUGCCUUUAACACCCCCACAGGAAUCCCCUGGGCCAUGGUCAACCUUAAGAGCGGUGUUGGCCGUAACUGGGGUUGGGCUUCAGCUGGCAGCAGCAUCCUGGCUGAGUUUGGAACUCUCCACAUGGAGUUUGUUCACCUCACCUACCUGACAGGGAACCCUGCCUACUACCAGAAGGUGAUGCAUAUCCGGAAGCUGCUUGCCAAAAUGGACCGACCCAACGGGCUCUACCCGAACUACCUGAACCCUCGCACGGGCCGCUGGGGGCAACAUCAUACCUCGGUUGGAGGGCUGGGGGACAGUUUUUACGAGUACCUGCUGAAGGCAUGGCUCAUGUCAGACAAGACUGAUACAGAAGCCCGCAAGACUUACGAUGACGCCAUUGAGGCCAUCGAGCGCCACCUGAUCCGCAAAUCCAACGGCGGCCUGACGUUCAUCGGUGAGUGGAAAAAUGGCCACCUGGAGAGGAAGAUGGGUCACCUGGCAUGCUUCGCCGGAGGCAUGUUCGCUCUGGGCGCCGACGGCUCGCCCGACGACAAGGCCGGACACUACCUGCAGCUGGGUGCCGAGAUCGCGCACACCUGCCACGAGUCAUACGACCGGACAGUGUUGAAGCUGGGCCCGGAGGCGUUUAAGUUCGACAGUGGCCUGGAGGCGGUGGCUGUACGGCAGAAUGAGAAGUACUACAUCCUGCGGCCGGAGGUCAUCGAGACCUACUGGUACAUGUGGAGGUUCACCCAUGAUCCCAAGUACCGACAGUGGGGCUGGGAAGCAGCACAGGCCAUCGACAAGUACUGCAGGGUGAGCGGAGGUUUCUCUGGGGUGAAAGACGUCUACUCUUCCAACCCGACCUACGACGACGUGCAGCAGAGCUUCUUCCUGGCUGAGACGCUCAAGUAUCUGUACCUGUUGUUCUCCAGCGACGACCUGAUGCCGUUGGAAAACUGGGUGUUCAACACGGAGGCUCACCCGCUCCCCGUCCUCCACCUGGGCAACAUCACCCUGCCAGGCAGCGAGCCGGCUCAGCGAUAGACAGACCGAGUCCCCUCUUCCUCCACCGCAGCUCCACCCGAGGAGGGCACCGCCUGCCCAAAUUAAAAAAAAAAAAAAAAAAAAAAAAAACCCACCCAUGAACACUGGACAAACUUACAUUCAACUCUACAAACUCUCUACUGCUUUUGGACUGCAGACAUGAACCAGAGGAGACUGAGAGAGAAAGAGAGA